UUCAGCUGAAGUACGUCCAACAAGUCAGUUUAUCUCACGACCAAAGUGAAGAGUGAGUGACAUCAUUAUUCUGGAUACCACAAACUGCAAUCCAAAGGAAGUUAAUAAAUUAUUUUAGCGGUCUAAUUAUCCCAUUCAGCAGUUUUAACAAGCUGCCCAACAAACACUCAGGAGAGGUGAUUCAGUCGCCAAGUGAAGGCAGAACCAAGCAGAGCACAUGGCCAAGUGCCUCAGCUGCAUGUGUGGACGCGUUAGCGACGAUGAGAGUGAUAGUGAGGAUAUGCGGGUGGAGAGUCAUCGCCUGGACUCUCUGCUUGCCACCAAAGAUUUGUGUAUAGAUCCCCAAGCUCUAGCAGUGCAGGGUUUCUUCUGGAGGGGCCAAGCCUCUCCAGAUGAAGUUGAAUGUGCCUUCUGUCACGUAACACUGGGAUCGUGGGAACCUGACGAUGAUCCUGUGCGUGAACAUCUUCGAAAUUCCAACAACUGUCCCCUCCUGAGGGGUUUCCAGACACAGAAUGUGCCCCUCAAUGACGCCCUCCUGCACAGGCUGCUGAAACGUGUAGCAAGGCAGUAUUUGAAUGUACCCCAGAGUCCAUAUUGUCGGGAGGAGAAUCGCCUGGAGAGUUUUCGGGAGUGUAGGAGGUUGGACAAUGCGGAAGAAUUGGCCAGAUGGGGCUUCUUCUGUGUGGAUACAAGAACUGUUGAGUGCAUCUUCUGCCACAUGCGCCUGGAAACGAAGACAGCCGGCGACACUCUGGCGAGACAUCUCGAGGCGUCCGACUGCCCGCUACUCAGAGGCCGAGCCAGCACGAACGUCCCACUCGAGGCGGCGCUCACAGACCGACUCAUUUACGAAAUUGCCGGCCAGAGACCGUCCAGUGAUGCUCUAGUGCUCCCAGCGGAAACACACGCAGCCCAGACAAGACACAAGAUGCCUCAGCGAGAUCCCAGGAGAGUUUCCAUCGUCUCCAAUCCUCUGUCCGAGAGGUACAUUCACGCUCCCAACAUUAGGAACCUCCAUAUGGAGAGCAACAGACUCAGCACAUUCCGUUACUGGCGAGGCCGAGUGGAUAAGCACCAGCUGGCCCGCCUUGGAUUCUACUUCACGGGAAUUGAGGACAGUGUGCAGUGCAUCUUCUGCCGCGUCCAGAUGUCCAACUGGCACCCGGAUGCUGACAUCCUCACUGAACACCUGUCCCGCACCAAUUGCCCCCUCAUGCGAGGUCUUCCCACCGCCAAUAUUCCCCUCGAUGCUCCAUCUCUGGACAGAAUCCUCGAUGAUGCCUUUGACGUGACUCCUGCUCACGAUCUCCAUCACAUCCGACCUGAGGAGUCCGAAGAGAGUAUCCGAAGUGAGAAUAUCUGCAAGGUUUGCUACGAUCGAGCCUGCGAAAUUGCCUUCCUGCCAUGCGGACACGCUUCUCUGUGCUCAAAGUGCGCCAGUUGCGUGAACAGGUGUCCCUUCUGUCAGCAGCCCGGAAAAGUGGUGAAGUUGUUCUUUGUGUGACACAAUCGUCAGGAAGGUGUCGCGCAGAGGACAAAAAACCAAAAAGAAGCCAAAGCCCAGAGGAACUUCGAAUAAGCCUCUGUCUCUCUCCGGAGCAGAAUAAAAAAAAAUGGUUGUGAAGUUUGUUAAAACGCAAUGUACUAAAUGUUUUACAUUAAUUUAAUUUAAAUGGUGUUUUUUUCUCAUGAAAUCUCAACACAGUUAUUUUUUUUUUAAUAAGAUAUUUUGGUUUAAUUAAAUUCCUUUCAUCCCAUGCUACUUAGUUGUUUUUUUUUUUUUCCUUAAUAUUUUCCAUUUUUUUAUACAAAUCCAAUUGGUACAAUUAACUCGUAUAUUUUUUCCUCUGCACUUUUCUCUCAACAUUCACACUCUGACUUUCCACAAGAAUUUUCCCAUUUUUUUCUUCCUUCCUUCUACAAAAAUUGUUCUGUUUUUUCUUUUUCUAGUGCUCGGAGAAAAAAAGUAAUAUAAUCUUUCCCUCCCAGAUUUCCCGAUGCUUGUUUUUUUUCUUAAAAAAUUUUCUGUUAGAAACAAAAAAAUGCUUGUGAAAAAUAAAUUCACUAGAAGAAUUAGUUGAUCUUUUUUCUUAUUGAAAAAAACAGAGAAGAUACUAUUUACAAAGUUAAGAUGCGAAAGAGGCGCUAAACUCACUAAAUCGUUGCCUUUUAGAAAUAUUUGUAGUUCAAUUUUCUUUUUUUUAUUUAUUUUUAUUAUAUUUUUUUAGGCAAGUCAAUAAAAAUCACUCGGAAUUUGAAAUUUUCAAGAAAAUUCAUCAA